AAACGGGCUUUAUUCGCCGUCUCCAUCAUCAUCCUCCUCUUCGUCACGCUCGCCGGGACACGCUUUCAUCGCCAGGUGAGAGCUUUACCUCUACAGCCCUGACCUUUGACCCCUCAGACGCUGAACGACACCCGCUGCCAGCAUGACUGAGUUAAAGAAGAUGACGUCCAGCCGCCGACACCAUCUGAAGAGUAUGAUGCUCCAGAUCGGCGCCACCUUGAUAGAGCAGGAGAGCAAGGACCUGCUGGUGGCCAAGGAGGCCUACAUGGCCGAGAACUGCCCCGCCCCCGACCUCAGCGGCGACUUGGCCAGCCUGCUGGAAAUCUGCAAGAAGAUCUACUCGGCCAUUGACAAGAUCGACGACGGCAGAUACGACGCCGAGGUCAAAGUGCAGAAGUCGGACAUCGAGAUCCAGGACCUGAAGCUGAAGGUGGUGGAGCUGGCGGGCGUCAAGAAGCCGGCACUGAAGAAGGUGCGCAUGUCGGCCGACGCCAUGCUGCAGGCGCUGCUGGGCGGCAAGCACAAGACCACCAUCGACCUGCGCUCCAACCUCAAGCAGGUCAAGAAAGAAGUCAAAGAGGAGAACACAGAGGCGGGCGACUGGCGUAAGAACAUCGAGGACAAAGCAGACAGGAAGAAGAUGUUUGAGACUUCCUGAACGGCGAAAGAUGAGCAGGCCUGCCUCAUUUCACCUUUGACCCGAUUAUUCAUGUCCAAACUUUUCAUCUCUGUAGAAAUAAACACAUUCACUAAUUUUA